UAGCACAGUACGCGCAAAGAUAGAAACUGCAGAAAAGAAUUACGGUAGAGUGACAACGGCUAGACUCAGCUACAAUCAUAGGGAAGUGACUGGCGAAGUUUUCAUUUAGGCCCGCAUUUAGGCUUCCACUUCAUCACCGAAUUAAGUUAAAUACUAGGACCACAACUUACAGUACACUAAACUAAUUGAGCUAGAUAGGCUGAAAGGUUCGUCGCAGCAGAAUAAGUUAGUAGACAACCAAAAAGUCAUUCAAACAGCACACCUCGUCUGUCGUAUCGGUUGAAAUUGUUACAGUCAUUCGAUUUGCUUCUGCUCUGUUUUAACUUGGAGUCGGAGCUGAUGCCGAGCUGAUGGUAUUUUAGGGGAAGUUUGGCCUGGUUUACUUGAUGAUGUACAAGUGGAAAUCUCCAUAGACCUUCACCAGAGCAUGAUAAUCAGAUUUUUGUUGUGGUGAUUAAAAAGGAAGAAAAGGCAAGCAACCAUGACUGAGAUUUUAGAUAAUAAUAACACUACGGGGCCGGGUGAUGAUGAGAUGACGGUGUUGAAGGUGUACGAGCUCGCAGCAGAUGCCGGAAGAGAAUGUCAACAGCUAAUCGAACAGUUUGGGGAGGAGAGUGCUAGUAAUGUCACACUCAAAAUCAUUUCAAUCUUGGAACAUUUGGAACUUCUUGUAAACGAGAAGACAGAACUUGAGAAACAAGUGAGCAGACUGAAUGAAAAACUUGUUGUUUGCCAAAAUGAAUUGUCAAGAAGAACAGAGGAAACUGCUCAUUUGCAGGCAGAUUUACAAAAGAUGGAGCAGAGGAAUCUUGAAGAUCUAGAGCAAUGGAAGGAAUUCCUGAAUAAGGCAAGGAGAGAAAACAAGGAACUGAAGAAGCAAGUUAAUGAGAAGGAAGGCCAAGUCAAACAAGAUAAAGUGAUGGAGCAAGAGACAUUUAAGGUGUUGUUGAAGUUAAAAGAGUCGGUGGAUAACCAACGAGAUACAAUACGAGCACGAGAUAAUGAGCUCAGAUCAAAGAAUCAGGAUGUUGAAGCAUUGCAGCAACAGGUUGAUAGACUUGCCAAAGUCAAUAGCAACUUGAGACGGAAACAGGAGCUAGUUGAGAGUCAUUCAAGGAACUUGAUCCGUCAGAAGUCCACCCUACAGGUUGAUGUGAUGAGACUUAAUAAAAACCUGAUAGAACAGAAGACUAUGGCAGAUACUGAUGACAUUGAUGGCGGUAUGAAGGAUACUCCUCAGGUAGACAAUAAAGACGGAGAGAAUAAGGUGUGUUUUGAUCCUCAUGAUCCUGAUCGACCACGUUUCACUUUGAAUGAACUCAAGAAGGUUCUAAUAGAGAGAGAUGAGAUGCAUCUUAAAGUAGUAGCUUUAGAAGAAGAACUGGAAAGUUACAAAUCUGAAGAAGACCAGACAGGAUCCAUGGCAAAUACUUCCUCAUCGUGUCAUCAAGAAGAAAACUCUGGGAAAAACAAACCAUCAGGAAUCAGAAAAUUCUUUACCAAUCUAUUCAGAGGGAAAGACAAGACAGACGUGGAGGAGGAAUUGAAAAAAUGGGAAAUACUAGACCUUGAAGAGGAUGAUGUGAUUGCAUCUAGCCAAGAUCCUCUUAGUCAAUCUGUCCAAUCAGAAAGCAGUAUUACACCAGGAGAUAGCCAAGCUGUGAGACCAAGAAGACAUUCAGAUAUCACUCCAAGCCGUUAUAAUAACAAUAAUGAUGCAUCGUCAGGCAAGAAAAAUGAUGGUUGGUUCUUUGGAUCUAAAUCACGAUCUUCCAGCACCACAAGAGAGAUGCUAGCGAUGACAUCACCAUGGAAACCUAAAGCUUCUUCAUCACCUAGAUCUUCAUCACCAAGUGAUCUUCCGUUACCAAGGGAAACCCCUCCACCUGUCAAACCCAGUCGAGAUGAUGAUCAUGAUGAAGAUCUUACAAACUCAUAUUCUAUUGAUGCUGAUUUAAUUCCCAUGCAAGCAAUGAUGUUCAAUAUCUAAGUACUGCUAUUAUCACUAACCAAUAUGAGUUUCUAUAUCUCUCGCUAUUUCUCCAGAAUAAAGCUUAUACGUACCCAAAGUUGGUUUAUUCUAACUCAAGUUAGAGAGUUUCAGCACACCAUUGAUUUAUUCCCUUUUUUACAAACGCACUAAAUUUUCAUAAUUCAUCAUAAGUGUUAUGUCUAUAUUUGUCUUGCCUGCAUAACAAUAAGUGAAAUAUAGGCAAUAUCAAUAAGGAUAAUGGUGUAGUGAUGCUGACUCUUUCAAUUAGAGGGUUGUUGGUUUGAAUCCUACUCAAGGUGUUCAUAUCCUUCAGCAAGAAAUCAGUCCACAUUGUGCUGCUCUCAACCCAGGUGAGAUUAAUUGGUAACUGAGGGUAGGAUAUCCUUAAUAUGCUCCUUAUGACUGAGCUACAGUGGGGGUAAUAAUAUAUCAUUCUGUAUUGAGUGCAGUAGAUUAGUUCUUUAUCAUCAUAUACAUUGAAACAAAACCUAUAUGUUCAUAUUCCAUGUAACCAGCAUAAUGAACUAAGUACAGAAUUAUGUUUCAAAUUAUGUGGCAUACUUUCCAUUUCACAAAACUAGGAUUAUUGCCAAUCAAGAAUUGUGUAUAUGAGACCACUGAGGUCAUUCCAUUUGUUUUCUGUUUAUCACUUGAUAAUUGGUUUUAAAAAAAUUACCAGAAUGAAUUUAUUAAGAAUAACUCAUAUAUCAUUCAUCAAAAUAAAUAUUAAUGUCGGGCAUAUUGUCUGCUAUUAUAGAUUUGUCUCUUGCUGAAAUGUUUCCAUUAUCUUGUUGCAAUAAAGUUAAGGCUUGUUUUUUGUUGUCCGUAUUUGUCCCUGUUUUUCAGAUCUACUGUUGUGAAGAACUGUUGUUUUUUACCUUUCUUAAGUGCCUUUUACCAUUAAUUAAGAAUGAAAGGAGCAAUAAUUUCACCAAACUAUCUCUUAUUAAAGAGGCUCCCAUGAUAAAUAUUUUUGAUUUGACAAACCUGCCAUUUGAUGGCUUAAAUGAUUGAACAUGGUAGAAAAUUGUUUUUCUGAAAUAUUACAUUUUGUUUGACCUAAUGUAAAUACCAUGACUCUCAGCAAUAAAGCUAUAUUAUUUUUUUAGCCCAAACUAUGGGAAGGUGUAUGUAUGUAUUAUUGUUAUAUACCCAGGUAGGGCAUCUCAUACAUAUUACACAUUUAGAAUAGGAUAUUUUUCAAUCAUUUUUCCAUUGAUAUUCUACAAUAUGCCCUUUACAGGGAAAACAGAGUUAUUGAAAAGUUUUUAAAUGGCAAAUUAUAUUUCGUCAGAUAGUCUGUCCGUCCAUCCUAUCUUUCUUUUGGAUGACAAAGUGAAAGGUCACAGAUAUUAUUGUAAGAUACAAAUUGAUUUUAAGUCAAUCAUUUAUCAGAUAGAUAUCUAUCGUCUUCAACCAAACCUCUUAUACUGACAGAGUGGUAACAAUUUUUUCAUUGGAUUUUAUAUCAGUCUAUUGUUUAUUAUAACAAGAAUAGAGGUCAUUUAGGUAUAGAUUGUCCUUGUUUUGCACUUUAUUCAGAAUAUUAAGAAAUGUAUUGUCUGAAAAAAAUCCCUUAUUUCAUUUAUCCAAGGUGUUUUUCAUUCAUUUUUAUGUUGAUUUAUUGGGUUGAUAGUUUAGUGAGCAAAUGAAUGAAGGGUUCCAAAUGAGUGUUACAUGAAUUUAUAAAAGGAUUAUAUUUUCAACUGAUUAAACACACUUUUUCCCUGUACCAUAAACAGUAUAUAUCAACCAAAGAGUAGAGUAGCAUUAUAAAUUAUCAAAUUAGAUAUUUUCAUCAUUUAAUUGUUAUAAAUUAUGACUUCAUAUCUAUCUUAGUAGGAAAUAAUAGUGAUCAUAUUUCUAUUUUUAGCAUGUAUUCACUCUGAUCUUCUUUCGACCUCUUUGUCUUCCAGUCUCUUGCUCUCUCUCUUUCCUCCCCGGUCUAUCUCUUUGGCCUAGUCAAUGUAUUGUAUUGAAUAUUUUUGUGAAUUUGCUUUUGAUGAAACAAGAAAGUGCCUCAUUUAAACAGUUGAAGAUUUAACAAAAAUACCAAAAAUGUGUGGAGCGUUGUGGCCCAGUGGAUUAGUCUUCUGACUUUGAAACAGAGGGUCGUGGGUUCGAAUCCCAGCCAUGGCGUAAUUUUCUUCAGCAAGAAAUUCAUCCACAUUGUGCUGCACUCAACCCAGGUGAGGUGAAUGGGUACCUGGCAGUAAUUUAUUCCUUGAAAUGCGUAUGCGCUGUAAUCUUAGUAAUUACGGCUGCCAAGCUACAGCUGGGGUAAUAAUAUCCAAGUCCUUUGGAAGCGCAUAGAGACAUUAUUCAUAAUGUGAUAUGCGCUAUACAAGAACUACAUUAUUAUUAUUACCAAAGUAAAAAUGCAGUAAAAACUAUUUUUUCUACAAAAUAUGUUGCCUUCUCUUAAAGGGUUCAGUGUUAUAAUCUUUGCAUGUUCAGUACCAGUAUGUUGUAACAGUACUUAUAAGAUGAUUAUACUCUGUAGACUGCCUCUUUUUUUAAAGAUAGCCCAUGACUAGAUAUUAAUAAGGAAAUUCAGACAAGAUAUUUGUUGAUUAGGAAGAAGGACACUUUCUUUGAACAUUUUCUUAUUUAUUUAUUGAUUCAUUCAUGAAAUUAUUGAUGUAUUAUGAAAUAGAUCAUCCUGGAUGAGAAAGUAGAAAUGUUGAUCCUUUACAGAAAGAUCACUUAAGCAUACUAGUGUGAUAAAGUUUGACUUACACUCAUAGGAGCUUGUAUAGUGAGCUAAGUUCAACUUUAUGAUAGAAUGUGACAUAUUGUGCACCCAAUCAGCACUGAGUUCAGGUGCUUCCAAAGUGUUGAAUUUGCAGAGUAUUCACUUAUCAUGAUGAAGAUGGAUGACAUUUUGUUCCAUAUAUCCAUACUGAUUGUGAAUUCAGUUUCGAAUUGUAAUAAGUCUUUAUAACAACAAAAUGUAAGGAAAUUUAUUUCUAUUAUUCUGUAAAACCUUUGUAACACCUAAACAGAUCAUUCAUGCAAAUUGUUAUUACCUGCAAUACUAUCUGCUAUGUCUCUUCAUAGUUUCUUUUAUGAUUAUCUAUAGUAAAAAAUAAUCACUGAUCUAAUAAAAGAAAAUUUUAUAAGAAUAUAAUUUACCAGAAAAUAUUCAAAUGAUUAUGAUUAAACUAAGUAACAGUUGCACAUAACUAAUAUUUGAAUAUUUGUUGUCACAAAGUCAUAAGACAAGCGCUUCUUUUCUGGUCAGUUAAAUUUUCUCAUGUUAUAAAUGCACUUAUUUCACUAUGUGUAUACUCAAUGUAACUUUUAUGCUAGCGACUAAACCAUGAUUGUGAUAUAUAAAUAUGCAAAAUUCUACCAACGAACUUCAACUCUUCCUUUUCUUCAAUAUUAUGUUAAAUGAGGGUUAUGAACACAUUGCUAAUUGUAUGAAAAUAAAUUUGAUUUGUACGUGAAAUUGUAUUUUAUUACUUGAUAUCUGGAACUUUUAUUCCAUGAUUUGCAAAAUAAUAAAGGUCUAUUUUCUAGCCUUCUCAUAUAACUA